AAGAAGAAUUCUAAGCAGACAUAUAAAGACUUAUACAAUCCUAGUAAUUCAGAUAAUUCAAAUUCUGAAAUAUUUCUUUCAUUAAUCAUAAAGUAUGUUUUUGUAUCUAAUAAAGAAUAUACUCAAGCUAAUGCCAUUUGGAUACAAGCAAUCCAAAAGCUAAAUGCUGAAGAUAAUGAGGAUAACACUGUUUUGCAAAAAGGUUCUGCAAGUUCUUCUGCAAGUUUUCUUGCAAUAUCAGAAGCAGCGGUUCAAGAAAACUAUGAUGAAUUAUCUA